CCUACAACCACCAACCACCACCACAAACACCACACUCACUCCAACCAGAAAGCCAAACAAACAGACAGACACCUACAUAAAAUGUCCUCCCCACCCACAACCACCAUCAAAUCCGAAACCGACCCCCACUCCCCAUCCUCCGAAACCACCCCAACCGCAACCCCCAACCCGCUCCUCCGCGCCACCAACCCCCUCGUCACCUCCCUCGAACAAGAAGUCCUAGAUGAAUAUGCCCGGUUACUAGGAAACGUCAACAAGCUGUCUGACAAACUCGCCGACCUGGCGGGCUCACCUACAUCCAUGACUCUCGAUGGCCUGAGACAUCUUGAACGCAAGACCGCGACGGUGUGUACGUUGCUCAAGGCGAGCGUGUAUAGUAUUGUUCUGCAGCAGCAGAUUUUUAAUGAGGAGGAACAACAACAGCAGCAGCAGGAGGAGGAAGGACAGCGGGAGGGGGGUGGGGAGUAUGGGGGGUAUGGUGGGUAUGGAGGGUAUGAAGGGGAGAGUUAUGCGCAGUAUUAA